UCCAAUAACUACUUCAAAGAAGCAGAUUAGUCCUAUUUUUGAAGAAAUAAUAUUGAUUAAAUCUCACAUAAAUGAAAAUAAUGGAAAUAAUGAAAUUAAAAUAACACAAAUAGUACCUACUGAACUGAUCAACAACGCUCGUCCCAAGGCCAAUGAUCAAUACGGAAAUGUUCUAAAAAGGUUGUGGCAGACUUCGGGAAAACAUGUCGCUUGUAAACGAUUUGAUACUCAACAAACUCAAAAAUUCCAAGAUCAACUUGUUCUCCUGAAAAAAUUAAAUAAUUGUUCAAGUAUCAUCAAAUUUCAUGGACUUUCAACUUUAGAAUGGGGUUCUGGUCAAUCGCUUCGUCCAGGACUGUACCAAAUGUUUUUGAAGCUAGAGGAAUUACGGGCUGAAAAUCCAAAGGAUAAAACUAUUACCACAUUGAAUCCCAAAAAAUAUGACGAUAAUGAUGAAGUCAUUAGUGUUUUUACUGAAGAUGAAACUCAAAUUGCUGAU